AAAGCAACUACUAUAUAGUGCCACUACCUUGAUCUUCCAAAGACUAAUGGCCAUUAAGCUGAUCUCCAAACUAGCAGGAGCAAUCUGGAUGGUCACAAAUUCCCAGAAACUUAUUGAAGUUUUGCCUGAGAAGCUGUAUGAAUGGAUGCCAGUGAGAUCUCCUUCAGGAUUAUAAUGCUGCUACAGAUCUGCAUUGGGGUCUCAGUGAAUGGAUUCCUCCUGCUGUUUUACAUUAGCAUUGCAUCUGCCAGACACAAGUUAAGUUCUUCAGAUUUGAUCAAUGCUCACUUAACCCUGUCUAACUCCAUAAUUCUUCUCACUGGGGGAAUCCCAGAUGCCUUGUCAAUUUGGGGUCUGAGAAAUUUUUUGGAUGAUAUUGCUUGUAAAAUCCUCAUUUACCUUUAUCGAGUAUCCCGGGGCCUGGCCAUCUGCACCACCUGCCUCCUGAGUGUCUUCCAGGCUGUCACGAUCAGCCCCACCACCUCCCUGUGGGCAGGGCUCAAAGCUAAAUUACCCAAGUGCAUCCUCCCAUCCUGUUUCAUUUUAUGGAUCUUCAACCUCCUCAUCGAUGUCAGUGCCCCAAUAUCUUUGACUGGCCCCAGGAACAGAAGCAGUGUACAAAUCAUUUUUGACCUUAAAUAUUGCUCAAUAGUCCCUGUUAGCACAGAAACCACCAUAUUAAAUGUGGCAGUUUUGGCUACCUGGGAUAUGUUGUUUGUGGGUCUCAUGAGUGUGUCCAGUGGCUACAUGGUGCUUGCUCUUCACAGGCACCACAGGCAGGUCCAAUAUCUCCACAAACCCAGCCAAUCUCAAAGUGCAAUGCCAGAGGUCAGAGCAGCCAAGAGAGUCAUUGCCCUGGUGACACUCUAUGUUCUCCUCUAUGGGAGACAAUCAAUCAUGUUGAGUGUUUUAUUAAACAUGAAAGAAAAUUCUCCUCAGCUAGUGACUAGUCACAUGGUGUUGUCAUUCACUUUCUCAGCAGUUAGUCCAUUCCUGCUUAUUCAUAAUGACAGAAGAACAAGAACAUACUGGAAAAGGCUAUCUCCAGUGUCCAACUUAGGUCCUUCUUAG